AGAAGUGAUUGGCUGAUUGCUCUUUCGGUCACGUGAUCGUCCCUGCACAUCCAGUAUGGCUUCCUCCUGUAGCACGGCACAGAGCUGGCAAUGAGCGGUGUAAAUAGACGCUUGGCGGGCGGCUGGGCAUGAGCAAAGGGCAGCUGCUGGGUAGGAUCAUCACCAUGAGGUCCUACCAAGCCUUCCUGCUCUUCGUGGCAGCCCUGGCUGUGUUCGCCUUCUAUUACCUGGGGUCUGGGAAGGAGAAUUUCUCCAGCACCACCAGGCGGAUGAAGCAGAACAGCGCUGCCCACAGUAUGAGCCCAGAGUCGGACCUGUACUCUUCUUCAUCGGAGCUGAAACUCAGUGAGGGCAAGAGCAAGACCCUGGAGAGCCGCGGGGUGCUGGACUACCACCUGCUGAUGAUGUUUACUAAGGUUGACCGGAGUCCUGGGCUGGGGGACAAGUUCCAGGUGGCUCUCAGCUCCCUGGUGAAGUAUGGCAAGUUUGAGAGCAAUGAGGUGCUCAGCCUGCACUUUGUGUCUGACGAGCCCAGCAAGGAGAUUGGCAAAGCUAUGCUAAGGGACCUGCUACAGGGGGCCAGCUUCAAGUAUAAGGUAAUUUUCCAUGAUGUCAGUGCCCUGACCGAUAAGUUGUUCCCAAUAGUAGAGGCCAUGCAGAAGCUCUUCAGUGCCGGCACUGGAACCUACUACAGUGACUCCAUCUUUUUCCUGUCUGUUGCUCUACAUCGCGUAAUGCCAAAAGAUAUAUCCCGAAUCAUUCAGCUGGAUCUAGAUCUGAAGUUUAAGACUAACAUCCGAAGACUGUUUGAGGAGUUUGAUAACUUUUUGCAGAGUUCGGUUAUUGGAAUAGCACAUGAAAUGCAGCCUGUUUACAGACAUACAUUUUGGCAGUACCGUCAGGAGAACCCAAACACCAAGGUUGGUGGCCCACCCCCAGAUGGAAUGCCUGGUUUUAAUAGUGGAGUCAUGCUGUUGAACCUAGAAGCCAUGCGCCAGUCCAAACUUUACAACCAACUACUGGAACCAAAUGCUGUGCGAGAGUUUGCAGAGAAAUAUCACUUCAAAGGCCAUCUGGGGGACCAGGACUUUUUCUCCAUGAUUGGAAUGGAACACCCUGAACUAUUCUAUGUUCUAGAUUGUGGCUGGAAUAAACAACUGUGCACUUGGUGGAAAGAACAUGGCUAUAAUGACAUCUUCGAUCAAUAUAACAACUGUGAAGGCCACAUCAAAAUAUAUCAUGGCAACUGCAAUACUCCCAUUCCUGAAGAUUAGGACUUACAGUAGUAUAGUAUACUAUCUAAACCAGAAAGGACAGUGGUAAAGUCUCAGAAGUAUUUUGCUAAAUUAAAGGAGUAAUUUAAUUGCAUUUAUUUGGUUACACUUUUCAACAUAUGACGAUGGCAAAAUUAUGUAACCGAUGACUUAUGUUGGGGCUAAAACCAGAUUCAGCUUACCUUAAGUGUUGUUGAUCUUCACUCAACGUAUUGAACAAAAACCACUAGCUACAGUACAUAACUUUUUCCUAUGAUGCAAUGUGCCAAGCAUGUAGAUACACAUGUAUUUAAGUGCUUCUCAUUUGCUCAUUUCCUCAGUCAUUUGUUAUAGUAAUGUUAUUAUUAUGAGUUUGUCAUAGCAGACACUAAAACAUUGCUCAAUGAUUUUAAAUACUCGCGUGAUGUUUUUGUUUGUUUAAUGCUUUAAACAAUGCAGCUUUUGUGUUGGCUAUUGUGCUAGCUAUGUAUUUAAAGCCUACAUCAAAGUAAAUGGUGGUGUGUUUUUGUAACCGUUUGGCUAGCUCUUAUAAGUUUGUUUUACUAUCAUUAAUUAUUCUUAUGGGAUCAGUGCAUUUGAAAAUGUAGAAAUGUUUGUAUUCUGUUUUGUUUUUUUGUUUUGCUAUUAAGUUAACCAUGUUGGUACCAAGUUCUAAUAAUUAUCUUGUUGGGGGUUCUUGUGUGGCUUGUGCAGGACCACCAAAUAUAAGAAGAGAGCUAGAAUGUUUCUUAUAGUUGUAGGCACCAACAGAGCUUUUACACGUCUUCCAGAAAUGUCUAGUGAUUGAUUAUUUUAUCAUUGUAUCUGCAUAAAAUAAUCUAGCCUUUUAGUUAUGAACCUGAAUUGAAAUCUGUAUGUGCAACUCUUUGUUUGCUUCAUUAAUAACUAAAUAUCCGAUGUGCUCCUAUGCCGUUAUUCUGUGUAUUCUUUAUUUGAUUGGAGCAGACUGAAAGAUGUGCUUGGCCAAUCAUCACUUUGGUGUGUGUAUGCAGUCACUGGCCAAGCAUGAUACAUGUAGGUGUAUACAAUUAGCUCCAAUCAUUUUGGAGCUGUUGAAUUUGACUCCAUGGGUAUUUAAUUGCGGGCCAUUUUCUCCCGUUUUUAAGGCAUUUUCGUUAAUGCCUUUUCACCGUUUUGUUUUGAGUGAAAAGGCAUUGGCGAAAAUGCCUCAAAAUCAGCUAAAACAGCCCCCGUAUUCGGCGGCGCAGGUGUGAAAUUAUGUGGAUCCGCCAAUCCACAUAUUUUUCACUCCUGAAGAAUGUUUCGCAUAGGCGAAAAACCGUCCCUGAUAUUGCAUAGGGCGAAUCCCCAUUCACCCUAAAAAUAGCUAAUUGCAUGCUCCUAAUGGGCUCUUUAUAAUAUGGUCUUUCAGUCCAAUGUUUUCCUUCUUGUUCCAUUAUUUUGAAGACUUACCACACUGCGUCAUUUGUGGCUACUGCUAUGCGUCCUUGAUGUGUCGAUAAAGUAUGUUUUAUUUACCAGUAUAUUCUGUAUGAUCAGAUUAUAGUUGUAUUCGUUAGAAUGACACAUUCGUUUUAUGUUUUUGUUUUGGGUGUUUCCAACUUAAAAAAUCAAAAUUCCUCCA